UUGACAGCUCAGUAACAAUGCUGGAACGUGAUGUUGUCUUGAUCACGGCAAUAUGCAGUUGAUUUAGAAGGACACAUAUCACAAAUAUUAUCAUAGUUUCUAAACAAAAUUAAUUUUGCCCCGUUAUAACUGGUGCAUUGUCUAUAAACCAUGUCUUUCUUCGUAGACUCAGUGAUCAUGUUCACCUCCCAGGUGUUGUUCUUUGGUUUCGGCUGGCUUUUCUUCAUGCGACAAUUAUUCAAAGAUUAUGAGGUCCGACAGUAUGUCGUCCAGGUGGUGUUUUCAGUCACUUUCGCCUUCUCUUGCACAAUGUUCGAGCUAAUCAUAUUUGAAAUCCUGGGAGCUUUAAGUAGCACGUCCAGAUAUUUCCACUGGAAACUGAACCUUUAUGUGAUUUUGCUUGUACUCAUAUUUGUGGUGCCUUUCUACAUUGGAUACUACAUUGUCAGCAACAUACGACUCUUGCAGAGACAGAAGCUUCUCUUUGCCUGUAUGGUAUGGUUCACGUUUAUGUAUUUCUUCUGGAAACUGGGGGAUCCCUUUCCUAUCCUCAGCCCUAAACAUGGGAUCCUGUCUAUUGAGCAGCUCAUUAGUCGAGUUGGGGUGAUAGGCGUCACCCUUAUGGCACUCCUGUCAGGCUUUGGUGCUGUCAACUGCCCGUACACCUACAUGUCUUACUUCCUGCGUAAUGUGACAGAAAGUGACAUCUUGGCUCUGGAGAGAAGACUACUUCAGACCAUGGACAUGAUCGUCAGUAAAAAGAAACGGAUUGCUAUGACGAGGAGACAGAUGUUCCAGCGCGGAGAGGACCAAAACAAACAGACUGGAUUCUGGGGGAUGAUCAAAAGUGUCACCUCAUCUCCAGCAGGAAGCGAGAAUCUGUCGGUGAUUCAGCAGGAGGUGGAUGCUUUAGAGGAGCUUAGUCGACAGCUCUUCCUUGAAACUGUAGAUCUCCAGGCCACCAAGGAGCGAAUAGAAUACUCAAAGACAUUUCAGGGAAAGUACUUCAACUUCCUGGGCUAUUUCUUCUCUAUCUAUUGUGUUUGGAAGAUAUUUAUGGCCACAAUCAACAUAGUGUUUGACCGUGUGGGCAAAACUGACCCCGUAACCAGGGGGAUUGAAAUUACUGUGAACUACCUUGGUAUUCAAUUUGAUGUAAAGUUUUGGUCCCAGCAUAUCUCCUUCAUCCUGGUGGGGAUCAUCAUUGUCACCUCCAUACGAGGCCUGCUGAUCACUCUCACUAAGUUCUUCUAUGCUAUCUCAAGUAGCAAAUCCUCAAAUGUAAUCGUGCUUGUUCUGGCUCAAAUCAUGGGCAUGUACUUUGUGUCGUCCGUGUUGCUCAUGCGCAUGAGUAUGCCGCUGGAGUACCGCAGCAUCGUCACCGAGGUCCUCGGGGAGCUGCAGUUUAACUUUUACCACCGUUGGUUCGACGUCAUCUUCCUGGUCAGCGCCCUCUCGAGCAUCCUCUUCCUCUAUCUCGCUCACAAGCAGGCCCCCGAGAAGCACAUGACUCUGUGACAUGGUCAUGGCAAAUGGCUGCUUUGAACUUUUUUUUCUCUCUCCAUAUGCUUUUUUUUUAUUUUAUUUUUUUUUAUUGUGGAUUUGACAGUGUGCCGUUAAAUGAAGUUGGAUCGAUAAGUUGCUCAAACACACAGGGGAUUUCACUGAUUCAUUCAGUGACGAGCUGUGUACGGGCUGGUCAGGGACUUGUGAGGGUUUCCAAAACAUAAUUAAUUUGAUUAGGGAAAGCGGGGUGACGUUGUCACUAGUUUCAUACGAGUGCAUUUGUUUUGGGUUAUUUCCUGUGAGGUGGUAUGAUGCGGGCCAGGUUCCGCACACAUACAGCUGGGCAUCAAUAACUUAAAGCCUUAACUCAUAAUGUAACCAUGAAAUCACACCAGUCCUCACAGUGAACACCAAAAAUCCACCCUGAUUUUUCUUUUAAUAUGUAAAAGCAGCCAUCUUGGUCUCAGCAUAGACUACUGAUCCCAGUGUUCUCUUGGGGUUCAUUGCACUAGGAACGUGAAUGUUCUGAUGAUGUCUCCAGUAAGGUCAGAUGAUGUUUUCAAAACGCUGUUUAGAUCUAUGUUUGGAGAGAUUCGUUUGGACCAUGAAUCUGCAGCUAAUUGCAGUUUGAAAGGGGAAACUGGCCCAGUAAGUGUUCUUUUUUUUUCUUAUUUCUGCCUUUAAACUGCAACGAGGAACUCAGCUUAAUUUCAGAGUUCAUAACAUUGGCUCUGUAUCAGUUGCCAGUUACUCUGUAAUUGUAUAUUUUGUUUUUUGAAAUACAGUCAAAACCUAGAAGAUUUGUGAUUUUAAGACUUCAGUGAUCACUAAGACAUGCUGCAGUUAGAUAUUAAAAAAGUGAUGUUUGGGUGGUCAUUUCUUUUUUUAUAUAUUAUGUCACCUCUGAGACAAAUAAAUAUGUCUUU